CUGCAGCACGAGGAGCUGGCGGGACGUGAGGGAAUAGCAGCACCUGGGGAGUCGGCGGCAGAUGCAGCUGGGGCUGAGGCAGCGAAAACUGGUUUCGCGGCGGAGGCGGAUGCGCCGGAGCCUGGGGCGGCGACGCCGCUGGAGGAGUCUGACGUGGCUGCUGCGGCUGAGGUGACGGAGGCGGCACGGGAGAGGACACAAGCGGUGGAGACGGCGGGGGGAGUGUCUGUUGCCGAGACUGCUGCCGCCUCUGACGGCGGCUUAAUUUCACCCUCGGCGCUGAGCCCGACGGCGCCGCUGCUACCUGUGGGCGGGGGCCUGGCUGCGGAGGAGGUACAGACGGUGCCGCUGGCUGAAUCCCCGUCACCGCUCGGGACGGUCGAGAUUGCUGCGAUCGUGACUGGAGCGACGAGGCGACAGGGAGUACCCUCGAACGAAGAGACUGCGCCGACUGCCGCUGAGUCCGCCGGAACGUCUGCUGCUGGCGUGGCCGCAAACAGGCAGGGGCACGGCCGGGCGGGGAGCGAUAGACCGGGUCCCGGGACUGGCGCCGCUGCUUGCGCCGCUCGCGGGAAGACGGGGAAGAAGCUCCGCGUCCAGCCAGCGCCGAGACGGCCCGGAGUAGGGCUGGGACCUGGCGUCCCGGGACCCCUCCUGGGCUGGCUUCUGCAAGGGCAACCGCCACCAGCGCAAGGGCAUCCACCUCCAUCUGGAGAACGAGGCAUGGGAGAAAACGCAGCAGCGAAUCAGGAGGCGGCAGGCUCUGACGAUGCAAACGCGGGAGGAGAAUAUGAACCAUCCGAGGAACACGCCUCGGAAGAGUGUUCACUGGAAGAUGAGAUGGAUGAAAGGACCAGGGAGGCUCGAAGAAGGGAGGAUGCAGGAACGAGGACGGGGAGGAGAAACCAACCUGCGGUGCCAAUCGUGCCAGGCCCCACAGCUGGGGGAGUCCCUGAACCGAGUGCUCGCUCACCAUCCGACCUGGCAGAAGACGACGCCAUCUGGCAGCAAGCGGCCACGUGGGACCCAGCACAACUUCAACGUGGGGACCAACCCUUUCUGGUCCGCCGACUUCCACCUCAGGUGCUGGAUUCAUACACACUCUGCAUCCUGGCCCCACUUCUGUGA